AUGGACGUUAUGGAGUUAGUGGAGAACGAGCCGAAUGCGCGCCCAUUCCAGUGUGAUUGGCAAACAUGCAACAAGAGUUUCAACAGGAAGUCAGAUCUUCAAAGACAUUAUCGAAUCCAUACGAAUGAGCGACCCUACUCAUGUAUGACGCCUGGCUGUGGUAAAAGCUUCAUCCAGCGGAGCGCAUUGACUGUUCACAUCCGUACUCAUACCGGAGAGAAACCUCAUCAAUGCCAACAUGUUGGCUGUGGCAAGAGAUUUUCGGAUUCAUCCAGCCUUGCAAGACAUCGUCGCAUCCACACUGGAAAGCGGCCAUAUAAAUGUGCCCAUGAGGGUUGCUUGAAGAGCUUUUGCCGAAAGACAACAAUGGUCAAGCACCAACGACGGUCACAUCAACGAGGGGUUCACUCAUCAGAAUUGGAGGAUGGUGAAACUUCCGACUCUGAUAGCGGGGAGUCACCUUCCACACCUCAGCAUCCCGGCCAAAUGCAAUGGCCACAGAGCGUCGCCGUCGCAAAUCACCAUGGCAUCCCACAAGGAGGCCCUCAGCUCCACCGGGCUCAUUCAUUCGCCGAAUUUGGACACCAUCAAAUGGACGGAUAUCAUAUACAACAAGGCUAUAGCCACCGACACAGCGUUUCCGGUGGUGCCCAAAAUUUCAACGGACCAAUCCCGGAACAAUCGCAACCCCCUCCUAUGAUUCAUCGAGCCCCGAGCCUUCCUCCUCACUCCUCAUAUUACGUUCCUGAACAGAACAACCCCGGCGUAGCCACCCUUAACACGAAUGCGCCCCCGCCAAUACAAACGUAUCAGAUCCCACGGCAGCAAAUGGAAAGCCAUGUGCACGAAAUGAGCCCCAGCAGCUACUCGUCCGCCUCAAGAGAAAGCCCUGUAUCUCAAGACCCGUACUAUACGCAUCACCCAACUCAAUCAGCUACGUACGCCUUACAGGCCUCCUCUCCCAUUGAGCAGCAGCAGGCCAUGAUUCAUUAUCAACAACUACCACCACAGCACAUUCCUCAGCAGCAACAGCCUCAGCCAACUUCUGCCCCUGUUCCUCAACCAGCCCAUGUGCAGGCACAAUAUGAACCCGCACCUCCACAGGACGGCCAAUGGUACGACAAUGUUGCUUACCAACAACCAGUCGCGGUAAUCAGCCACAUCCCGGGCUUCCCACAAACACAUAUAUUUCACAGCCCGUGGCCGCAAAAACUGGAAGCAUUUGACGAUCCUUCGUUGCAGAUGCCGAGUGCUCGGAUCGAGAACCUCUAA